UGGGACUCCGUCGCCUUGGCGCGUUCAUGGUACUCAACAUAUGGAAACUUAUUAUGUAGAAACGUUUUUGUCUUUUCCUGUUCCUAUAGCCAGACGCCACUGUAGGCUGUUAGCACCAGUCUGGACUCCAGCGGAGCUCUUAUCUUCAUUUCCCUUUAUCCUAACAUUAUUAUAGCUACGCUUUUCAUCACCUCAAAAUAGUAUGUUGCCCUCAGGCUAGCCUUAUAGGUACCGGGAUACCCUUCGGGGUCCUUGGGGUUAACUGCAAGUUACACCGCUGUGGCGUCUACUUGUACCUUAUAUAAACUUGAAGAUGUCUUCGGAGGAUUACACAGCUGUUCGACAGAUCGGCAAGGGUGCUUUUGGCACAGCGCACAUUGUGGAGCAUAAGGUGACAGGCGAGCGAUUUGUACUCAAGCGUGUACGAUUAGCACGGCAGAGCGCCAAGGAGCGGCAGUGCUCUGUUCGGGAGCUGCUGCUGCUAUCCAACCUACGACACAGGAACGUGCUGGAGUACAAGGGAUGCUGGAUCGAGGGCGGCUGCAACCUGUGCUUGCUGGUGGAGUUGUGCGAGAGCGGCGAUCUGUUCACGCAGCUGCGACUGAGGCACCCGGGCAACAUGCACUUCAGCGAAGAGCACCUGCAGGAGAUGGCGGUGCAGCUGCUCUCCGCGCUGGCCUACCUGCACCGCUGCCGCAUCGCGCACCGGGACCUCAAGACCGCCAACGUGCUCAUCACUGGGGAGGGCUGCCUCAAGCUCGCCGACUUCGGGCUGUCGGUGGUACUGGAGCCCAGCAUCGACGGCGGCCUCACACGAACCGUGGUGGGCACCCCCAACUACAUGUCGCCCUGCGUGCUGCAGGAGAAGCCGUACGGGUUUCCUAAUGACAUCUGGGGCCUGGGCUGUGUACUGUUUGAGCUGUCGGCGCUGAAACCCGCAUUCCAGGCGUUCAACAUGGCUGGGCUGAUCAGAAAGGUCACCUCCUCCCCGCCCCCGUCGCUGCCAACAAUGUACAGCGAGCGCUGGCGCAACCUGAUCCGCUGCAUGCUGUGUAAGGACCCGCAGCUGCGGCCCACCGCGGAGGAGCUGCUGCAGCUGGACUGGCUGCAGCCUGCCGUACGGCGUGUUGCUGCGCGGUUCGGCACGGAGCUCCCCCCUGGCGCCGCCUACCAGCUGGACCAGCUGGCGGACCUGCCGGCCGACAUCAUGGGGCUGCUGGACACCUUUGAGAGGCAGGAGAGGGAUGAAAAGCGUCGCGCGGAAGAGGCCCGCGAGCGACGCAAGGCGGAGGUAGCCAAGUGGGACCCCCUGGCGCGGGCGGCGGCGGCGGCGCAGCAGGCCGCCCUCGCAGCAGGCAGACAGCCCAAGCUGCCGCCGCUCAAGCCGCACGUGCCACGUCAGCCACUGCCGAGGCAACCCGUGCUGCGAGGGGCAGCGGCGGCGGCCGCCGCCGCUGCGAUCGGCGGUGGGAGCAAUGGGAUGACGGCAGGGGCUGCGGCGGCGGCUGCGAGGGGUCAUCGUACGGCAGCCGGUGGUGCCGUCGGGGGUAAAGCGGUGGGCGCGGCUGCUGGGGCAGCAGCGGCGGCGGCGGUAGGAGGCGGCGUUGGCGGGAGGCCGCCGCGGCCGCCGGGGGGCGUUGUGGCGGCGUUGACGUCGGCUCCGAAAGCAAAGACGCAUCGUCCCAGCUCGGCCCCAGCGAGCAGCAUUGCUGCACGGAGAAACAAGCGCGAUCCCGCCUGGGAUGCUUCCAACGAUAAGAACCGCUGCUCGGCCAACCGUCACAUUCGCAGCAACCAACGACAACCUGACCCAGAUGACGACUUGCGCGACAACGACAACCAACCCAACCGCCGUCGGCGCCGGUGCCACGGCGGCGACGACGACGACAGCGAGGGCGGUAGCAUUGACGACGGGGGAUGUGAGGAGACACUGCAUGGCCUCGAUGGCACUGGCGGGGGGGGCCGGGUACCGGCACACGUAGUCGCGAGUUCGUUGUCUCGGCCCAUGAUCGCGGGCGACGGAAUUGCGGCGAGCAAAAGCGCUGACUUGGAUGGCAGGAGCGGCAGCAAGGGAGGGUGCGGUGCCCGAGUGGCGUCGCAGCACCCUCAGGCGCCUCCGCACCACUUGCAACCGCUAACGGGAGACUCGGAGGAGGAUGAGCCAUUCAGGUACCUCCAACCCGUGCACAACCUCAGUCGCGGAAACAGCCAGGGUAGCGGCAGCCACUGCGACGGCGACGUCGGCGGCGGCGGCUGUGGCAGCAGCGACUGUGACAGCGACAACCUGGGUGUCGUACACAGCUGCCCAGCCGCCACCUUCCCCCACCGGGUUUCCAGCGAUAUUUCGUCGCCGCCACAAGCAGGGCCGGUUGCCGCCACCACUGCCGUCAAGGGUUGCAACGAUGACCAAGGUCACGUGCAUUCCGUUCCUCGAACUUCCACAACGGUAACCGCCACAUCAACCGCCACAACCGCUACGGCUACCGCUACAGCAGCGAGUGCAACCACCAAACGCGCUGCUGUUACGUCGGCCAAGACGACGGCGGCGUCCGUUGCGGCGGCGACGGUGGCCGCCGCUGCAUCCAAGGUAGCCAAGGUGGUUAAGUCAGUAACGGGCGCUGCCGCAUCAACUACCGCAACGGCGGCGGCAGCAACCGCGCCAGAGGCAGGGCCGGUAGGCAGGGUCAGCCGUACGAACAGCCAGAGCAGCGCCAGCGGAGGCGUCGCGAGCGCCAGAAGCGCGGCCGGCACUGCCGCCACCACACGUGCAUCGGCUCGUAGUGGUAAUCACGGCGCCGCCGCUGCGGGCGGUACGGCAGCUGCCAGCGCGUCCGUUGGCUUUGGUAUCGGCGCGAGGCGGUUUUCCGGUGCGGAUCCUCUUGGCAAUGGCGGCAGCGGCAGCGAAGCCGGCGGGUCCGUGCAGAAGGCUUCUGCCGCCGCCGUCAGGGUGGCCAAACGGACCACGAGCACUGGCAGCGGCGCCGCCGCCGCUGCUCCUGCUGGCUGCGCUCAGCCGACUGGGCAGCCAAAGGGCGGUAGCGGCACGGCAGCAUGUGCGGCACAGGCGGCCGAGGGAGGCGGGGGCGGAGCGGCGGCGGCGGGAAGGCGGCCUACGUCAGCUCGGCCGCCGUUGUCUUCGAAAGCAGUCGCGAGGGUCUGAGUGUGUACGGCGCUAUAGGAUGAUGGGAGGUACAUGCUUGUACCGGUAGGUCGCGUGAAGGGUGGUACCUUCCGCACCAUACCACCCUUCCUAAGCCUCUCCCAGGGUGCUUGGACUGUUACUGAGAUUGGGAUUAUGCACUAUGCAUGUGCCGUUAACUCAGUCACGGUUAGCGCUGAGAUUUUGUUCGUUUAGAGUGAAGAGUAAAGGGAUUUCGACUUAAAGGUCCAAUCAUGGGGUAUAAAUGCCAGCGGUGCCGGUGAUGGCGACCUGGAUUGAGUCUUCAAUACGGUAGAUGACUUUACGUCUCAUUGCUUGCAGUGAUGGCUGGUAGGAUGGCAUGUCAAGCUGUCCGCUGGGAAGACUGGUAUAACGAAAAAGGCCAUGUGUGUAUACCGCAUAUCUGGUUCAUGUUUGCGUGUGCGUACAUGUGUGGGCUGGGUUGGCCUCUCCGUACAAAUUGUAUGUAUGAUUUUAUGCAGUGGUGGUGGUGGUAUCUUCCUGACUGCUUCAUGUGAACUCUUCUGGACGCUGUCGGCUACUUAGUUUAUGGCCAGUCUCGUAGGUACCGUUCUCCGAACAACCCGCACAUGCCUUAUCGGGCCCCAUGUCUGCAUGGCAAAGGGCAUGCGUUCUGCCCCAUGCUUGCCAAGCCAUGCGCUCUGCCCCAGGUGGCGAUUCUGCAUGGAUUUCGGCAUAGAUCAUAUAACAUAACCCCAACGUAUUGUGUGCCUCAGCAGGUAUAUACAUACAUACGUACGGUACAUGCUUUCAUGGGCAUUUUGUGUGCGCGGGUGCUGGCCGACCCAUGGUUCACUGAUGCUUGCAUGCGUGCGGUGGAAACAGCGGAACACGCUGCUGACGUGACACUGGACAAGUCGUGGCGUGACGCUGGACAAGUCUCGUUUUGUUUUUGGGGUUAUGCUUCACAUGUGCAAGCGGAGUUGUUUUCGUCAUACGGCCUUGGCAGCGGCAUACGGUGACUUCCUGUGCUGCAUGGGGCUGAUGCAACGUUACGGCUGCUGGGCUACGCAGGCUGGUUUCGGCUGAGGCCGGCAGGUGUGCAGCAAGCAGACACACUGUUGGCGCCCCACACCUGGUGCAUACCGUACUGGGGCAUUACCGGGUCACUGGCGGAAAUGCAUAAUGACAGGGUCUGUGGGGGGAGGGCAUCACCGGCGUCUAGGCGGGAGUAUCCGGCUGCUGGCCUUGGUAUGCCGCUGCUGACACUGGUACAGGUUAUUGCCGUAUGAGGUAGGACACUCUGCUAGGACAUGGACAUGUUCGAAUAUAUGCAUUAUGACGAUGUGGACGGACCGUGUUAGGGUUCGCGUGGUGUGUGACGGCAUAACGUCGAGCUGUUGCAGCCUGCACGGCUCGUGGCUAUCCUGGCUCGGUGGCUAGCACGCUGGCCUGUUUCUCCUUUCCUAACAAUUUAAUGUUUAGCUGCGGCUUGGUUUUGGGGUGAUUUCUCUCUUGGAUUGCCAUGAACGACCCACAAAUAGCGUCCCUGUCUAAUUAAGGUUUGUGCAC